AUGGCCAAGGUACGUCCAUCUGUUACUGCUGCUCCUGCUGCUGCUGCUACUGAUGAUGAUGCUGAUGCGAGCGGUGUGGUAUCAUUUGCUUGCAAUGGAAUGGUGUUGGUUGACGCGGAGAAGAUGAGCGAUUCUUUGGAUGACGCUAACUUCCAGCGAGAAACUGCUAACAGUGCAGUGACUCGACUUUUCCUCCUUAAGAACUUAGCCUUAGAUUUCGUUGAAAACAAACUUGAUCUAAGAGAAGGCCCGUUCACGGCGGCGGACGAGCUGUUCCUUAAUGAAAUAGGGCUGUGCGUUCGCUCUGCUGCUGCUGCAUACGACGCGUUGCAGUAUAGAGAGGCUUUGAAAGCUGCCUUCUAUGAACUCGCCAUAAAGAGGGACCUAUACAGACAGCUGGUGGACAAGGAGAAAAUGCACAAAGACCUCGUCAAAAAGUGGCUUCAGGUUCAAGCUGUCAUCUUGUCGCCCAUUGCCCCCCACAUAAGUGAAUAUCUAUGGAGCUUUGUACUAAAGGAAAAGGGUUUAGUGGUUGAUGCGGAGUGGCCUUCAAUUCCCUAUGACGCUGUCCUCCACCGGAAGUUCCAAAUUUUAUUCACCUGCGUCGAAGACUUCCGGAGGGCAAAGGAAAAGACACUCCAGGCAGCAGCAGGAGGCAGAAAGAAGGGCAAGCAGCAGCAGCAGCAGCAACCGCAGCAACAGCCGCAGCUGACGCAUGCGGUUGUAUAUAUCGCUAAGGAGUACAACCCGCUGCAGCAAAAGGUUUUGAAGGUUUUGCAGCAAAUACCCCUGCAGCAAAACCCUCAGGGGCAGAUGGAAGCGCCUGCAGAUUUUAUGAAUCAUCUUAAAAGUGCUCCUGAGCUGCAAGACUUAAACCCUAACCAGAAAAAGGAGGCCAUGGCCUUCGCCUCUUAUCAAAUGCGGGACGAGCUGAAGGCUUGCGGGCCAUCAGCUCUGAAUCUGCAGCUGCCUUUUAGCGAAGAGGAGUUGUUCAAGACCCACGAAAAGUUCUUGUUGAGCGCUUUGGAUCUUUCCUCUAUUGAACUACGAAACAGCGAAGAACCGAGCCCCAUUGACACCACAAACUGCCGUUUGCUGGCCAAGCCCGCACGGCCUUCGAUUUUCUUUACGUCUGCCUAA